UCUCCUUCUGUGCCUGUGAAGAAUUUUGGCCGCCUUAGAAUUACUGUAUUACACCAUGGAAGAAUGCUAACAGCCCCCGAGGUUCCCUCCAAUUCCACUUUCAUGUACUAUGAUAGAAAUGCCAGGGAAAUCUACAACCACUUCCCGGUUGUUCCAAACAAAGGAAUAACAAGUGAAAAGGGGAUUAUUCAGUAUGAAAUGGAUACAACUCCCAAACGCCUCCUACAUACGGCAUACAUUAACGCUGAACUGUAUCUGGUCGGACUUCAGCAAACAGUACCAGUGCGUCAAGAACGACAACCAACACAGCGCCCAAAAACCCAACUGCAGCCAGAUAGACAAAUAUCACGACAACCUGGAGUUCGAAGAACAUCACAAGCGGAUGAUGCAAUCAAUGAUUUUUUCAGCGAACAAAGCUUAUUCUUUCUUGCACAGGAGAUACCGACAACCAAAGUAUGGGAACUGAUGUUACAACUUGGCUUACGCAUGAACCAGAUUGAAAACAUUCGCUCCGCAAACCAAUCUGACAACAAAUACAAAAUUACGUUAAUACUCUAUUGGAACAAUGAAAACAAGAAUCCACCGAACAGCAAGCUUGCCAUUCUUUGUGGUGCACUGAAAGAGGUUGAAUUGACUCCCGUCGCUGAAGUGUUGGAGUCGGUAUACAACGAACAUCGAUCUCUGAAAAAAGGGGAUUUCUCAAAUAUUUAA